AUGGAGAUGGACGACCCGUGGCGCGCGGCGGUCGGAGUGUUCCAGGCCUGGAUGUUCGUGGUGGUCUUCUUCAUCAUGCUGCCCGCCAUGUUCGGCCUCUCGCUGGGCGUCACUGGAGUCUACAUCCGGGUCCUGGUCCGAAUCCUGGAGUGGGCCACGGUACGGAUCCAGAGAGGACGACGGGAGCAGCCCAGCGUUCCAGUCCCGCUGCCCAACGGCAUCAUCGAGCGAGCGGGGGCCUCCAUGGAGGAGGAGAUGGGGAAGCCCGAGGGGGCGGAGUUUGCCCUGAGCGACGCCCUCUUCUUCUACCACCGCGGCGUGGAGAGCAUCGUGGACGACCAGGUGACGCAGCGCUUCUCCUCCGAGGAGCUCGUCUCCUGGAACCUGCUCACACGCACCAACCAGAACUUCCGCUACAUCAGCCUCCGCCUCACCGUCGUCUGGGGCGUCGGCGUCUUCGUACGUUAUUGCGUCCUCUUCCCCCUCAGGAUCACUCUGGCCGUCAUCGGCCUCUCGUGGCUCGUCUUGGGAACGACUCUGGUUGGAUUUCUGCCUGAGAGCAGUGUGAAGACGUGGCUCAGUGAACUGGUUCAUCUGACCUGCUACAGGAUUUGUGCCAGAGGACUGUCGGCAACCGUCCACUACCACCACAGAGAAAACAAACCUCAGAAAGGAGGAAUCUGUGUCGCCAACCACACCACCCCCAUUGACGUGGUGAUCCUGGCCAACGACGGCUGCUAUGCCAUGGUGGGUCAGGUUCACGGAGGGCUGAUGGGGGUCAUGCAGAGGUCGAUGGUGAGGUCGUGUCCCCACGUCUGGUUCGAGAGGUCGGAGAUGAGAGACCGUAACGCUGUGACCAGCAGGCUGAGAGCGCAUGUCGCAGCUAAAACCAAACUUCCCAUCCUGAUCUUUCCUGAAGGAACCUGCGUCAACAACACCUCGGUGAUGAUGUUCAAGAAAGGAAGUUUUGAGAUCGGAGGAACCAUCCACCCGGUCGCCAUCAAGUACGACCCGCGGUUCGGCGACGCCUUCUGGAACAGUGGGAAAUAUCACAUGAUGAGUUACCUGCUGCGGAUGAUGAGCAGCUGGGCCAUCGUGGUCAACGUGUGGUACCUGCCGCCCAUGACCUCACAGGACGGCGAGGACGCUGCUCAGUUCGCCAACAGAGUGAAAUCUGCCAUCGCUCGGCGAGGAGGACUCCUGGACCUGGACUGGGACGGAGGCCUGAAGAGAGGGAAGGUGAAGGACUCCCUGAAGGAGGAGCAGCAGAGGAAGUACAGCAGCGUCAUCCUCCCUCUGGCCACGCCCCCUCGCCCUCUGCCUCCUCCAUGAUGCCUUCGAACGUUUGGUUUUUAAUUUUCUGAACUUUUGGUCCCAGGCUCAGACCCUUUUACUUCCUGGUUCCUGUGUGUGAUGCUGCAUGUUCACCAGCAGGAGGCAGCGUGGGACAACACUUCACUGGUCUGCUCAGGACCGGAUCACGGACCGGAUCACGGACCGGAUCACGGGACCGCAGCCCUUCCCGCACACUUCCUUCUUCCUGCCUCCGACAAACAUUAACAAACUUCAUAUCUAUUUCAUUUAUAUUCUUAUAUUUCAUAUAUUUUAUAUUCUUCAUCUCACAUCUCAUGUUCAGAUCUGAAAAUGACACAAGCAAACAAAAUAACGAUCGUCAGAGAAAAGACGAGAAGAGGAGAAAUCUACAAAAUUAAAUGAAAUAAAGAAAAUAAAUUCAGAAGGAAACAAAACUAAAUGAUCUAGAUUCAAAUAUACACAUACCAACAAUGAAAGGAAAUAUAUUAAUAAUAAUAAUAUAUAUAUAUAUUUAGGUCAUUGGUCCAAAUAAGUUAAUAUUAAUAUUAUAAUAUUUCCAACCUGAGGGUUGAGACCCACCAGAGGUCGCAGGGUGAACCUGAAGGGUCACGACAUAAUUAAUAAUGAAUAAUAAAAUAUUCUCACCUCAAGAAAUUAAGAACAAAAUCAAAGUGGAUAAAAACUGUGAAGAUGAUGAAGAAGAUGAGCAGCGUCGCUGAACCAGGACGUCUGAGCUCUUUAAAGGAAAUAAUGCAAAUCAAAUAUUUCAUAUUUUCCUCCAGACGCAUUAAGACGUUUGAACGUCACGAGUUUAAACCUUAUGUUUCAUUUUACUUUUACUUUUAGUUCAAAUCUAAAAUAUUAGAAGAUUAAAUAUCAUAAAUAAAAGAUGUAUCAGAUUCUCUCCACUGUUCAUCUGAAUCAAAACUGUGACAAAAAAUCUACCGACUGUAAAUAUGAGUCGUGUUUUGACUCGCUGCUGUAUGGAACAUUAAUUUCUAUCUUUUCAUUUUCUCUCCUUCGUCUUUCAGAAGCUUCUCCAAAUUAAAUCCUCAGAUUUAUUCUGAUAAAACCGACGAGAUGAGAAAAUUAAUAUUCAUCAGGUUUAAUAUCGUCAGAACUCUUCUGUCCCUCGAGUCUCUGGUAUUUUGCCAAAUCAUAUUUUCCUAAAUGUCUUAUUUUCUUCAGCUGGAUGUCGACUCGUCUCUUUUAUUUCUGAAUUAAUAUAAUAAUAAUAAAAGAUACAAAAAAACUGACUGAAAACAUGUGUAAUGUUCACAGUCUGAAUUAUGAUUAUUACAUGUUGACAUGAAUCUACGGUAUCUCACUGCAAGAAACAUUUUAUACCUUGAUUUAAUAAAAUCUAUAUUCUCUAAGAAAGAGGCAGCUGCUGAUUCUGAAUAUUAAUGUUUCAUUCAUAUUUAUUUUAUAUUUACCCAAAGACAAAAAUGAAACACAAAUAAAUAAAUACAAAAAGGAAAAAAAAACAUAAAUCUCAUUAUUAUUAUUUUAUCAUCAUCAUCAUCAUCAAUAAUAAAGAUUAUUAUUAUUCCUCAGACAUUUACCUAAACUCUGCAAUUUUAAUAGAAAACAUUUCCCAGAUCAUCUCAAACUACUUGAUUUCAUGAUUUUAAUUGUUGUUGAAUUAUUAAAAACAUGAUUUAUGAUACAAAAGAGUUGAGGAUUAAUUUCCAGACAGUAACUUUGCUGAAGGACGUCAAGCGGCGUCCACUAUCUGUGACCUGGACGCCGGGAGAGGCCCCGCCCACUUCCUGCCACAUGUUUACUGUAACGCUCUUUAAUAAAGAAGCAGACAGUGUGAAAUGAUUCGGGCUCACGGAGCUCAGAACAAUCCCGCUGCUCAAA